AUGGCCGCUGCAGUGUCCCCUCAGACGAGGCCCCAGGAACUUCAGACGCCCAAAAAGUCUCCGACCGAACCUAAUGUCCUGAACGUCGUCUUGGGCAACAUCCAGAUCAAGCCAUGGUAUCCCUCGUUCUACCCCGAGGAUCUCGUCGGCAGGAAGGCUGAGCGCCUCUAUGUCUGUGAGAGCUGUUUUCGCUACUCGAAAGAGCUCAUGCCAUACCUUGCACACAGACGAGUCUGUCCAUUGAAAGCGUCGCCGCCACCAGGGACGCUGAUAUACCAGACGGCCGACCAAUCAAUAUACGAGAUCGACGCANNGCUGUAUUCGCAAAAUCUCUCCUUGUUCGCCAAGCUCUUCCUUGACACAAAAUCCGUCUUCUACGAUGUCACCACCUUUCGAUACUACCUUCUCGUGCUUACGGACCCGCAAACCGCAGAAAGACAAGUCGUGGGCUUCUUCAGCAAGGAAAAGAUGAGCUGGGACAACAACAAUGUGGCUUGCAUUCUGGUCUUUCCACCCUGGCAGAAACGUGGCCUGGGCCAAUUGCUUAUGGGCGUGAGCUAUGAAUUGAGUCGGCGAGAAGGCAGACUCGGUGGUCCUGAAAAACGUAAGAGAAUCCCUUCUAUCAAAAACCAGCACUUGGGACGCCACGCUGACAAGAAGUUCNNAGCCCUAUCGAGUCUCGGAAGAAAGGCCUAUCUAGCAUACUGGUCAGCCUCGAUCUGUCGGAGCAUCUUGUCGAAUCCUUCAAAUCGAUCUUGGACUGUCGACCAGAUCGUUCAGAAAACCUGGAUCGCACCCGAAGAUGUGGUCAUGGCCCUGGGCGAGACGGCCAUGAUCGAGCCGAACAAAUUGCCCGAUGGAUCAGUCGUCUUGGUCAGGGGCAAGAUUGAAACCUGGGUGCGGGCACACGAGACGGCGGCGGUCACGCCGGCCAUCGAUAGGACCGCCUUUACGCAGACCUUUCGUGAUCAAAAACACUGA